AUGGCUUCAGAUAAUGACGAUGAGCUACAGGGGGCUCGGUAUUUUGGAUCAAAUGCAUACGAUUCACAGUCAAGCUCCAGUUCUGACGAGGAACCACAAGAAAUGGAUGCACAACAAAUAGAACAGCAAGGUCAACGUAAAACAAGGCUUACGAACGAGUUGAGGCAUCUUAUUUUACAUGAAAUGUUGUCACUUAAAGUAAGUGACUCACUCCCACAUGGUACAUUCGUACGAAUAGCAAACAAAUACGGUUACACACCAAGAGCAAUUCGAAACUUAUGGAAACGUGCAAUUGAAAACAAAGAAGAAAACAAGCCUUAUGUUGUCGAUUCAAAGUACAAGAAUUGUGGAAGAAAAAGAGUUCAAGUGCCACCAAACGUACUUGAAUCAAAACCAAUGGGUGAACGUACAUGCAUAAGAGAUGUUGCAACAUGCUUAGACUUGGCACCAACAACGGUUUGGCGAUUGAUACGAAGGGGGGAGAUUAAGGCACAUUCAAAUCCAUUACACCCUUAUUUAACGGAUGCAAACAAGGCAAGAAGGGUUGAGUGGAUUUUAAGUGUCAUUCAAGAAGAUACAAUUCAUCAUCAUCCAAUGUAUAAAGGUAUGUAUGACUUUAUACAUAUUGAUGAAAAAUGGUUUUACUUAACCAAGAAGACACAAAGAGUUUAUCUAGCACACAAAGAAAAAAUUCCAUAUAGGGCGAGAAAGUCAUCAAAAUUCAUUCCAAAAGCCAUGUUUUUAGGGGCGGUUGCAAGGCCUAGAUGGAAUCAAUAUGGCCAAAGCACAUUUGAUGGGAAAAUCGGAAUUUUCCCUUUCGUAAGUAGGGUUGCAGCACAAAGAAAUUCAAUUAACCGUCCAAGGUGGUCUAUAGAAAUUAAACCAACUGAUUCGGUUACUCAGGAAGUUUAUAGGAGCAUGGUCAUAGAACAAUUAAUUCCAGCAAUUCUUAGAAAAUGGCCAAGUGAUGGUCCAUCCUAG